AUGUCCACUUCCUCGGAUUCCGAACAUCCUGACCCCGACUUGAGCUCCUCGGGCGAAGAGCUCAUCGUGUACACCGCGGCAUCAAGCCACUCGACACCUCCCGAACGCACCUUACAACUGCGAGAUGAAGAAAAUAACGUUCCUUGGGACACGCUCACCCCCAUAGUCGACCCCAACUUUCUCUCGUUAAGUCACAACCCUCCACACGCCCUUGCUCUAUCCUCUCUCGAGCUACGUGCUCGACAAUCAAGGGUAAACGUAGAUUCUGAGUCUCUCGCAAAUCCCGUAGAAGUAACCCCCGAACUAGUAGUCAUGACGCGAACCAACCCCUUCUUUACUGCUACCCCCCUCGAAAUCCAGGCUUUUAUGAACCUAUGCGAGCUUCCAUCUGAUUGGUUGUUCAAAGCGCCCUUGCCGGGUAACUCAUAUAACCGACCACCCCAUGGCUAUUACACAUUCUUCGUUGACCAAGUGAUCAGUGGUCUUCGAUUUCCUAUUCGUUCGGACUUGCUCACCCUAAUGGACCAACAUGAUUUUCCUAUUAAUCAACUUGCCCCCAACGGUAUCUGCAUCUUAAUAGGCUACACCAUCCUAAGUCGCUAUCACUUCAAUGAAUUAAACCCCGAAUUCUUUUUCUAUACUUACGGCCUUAAAAAACACCAUGUCGGAUCAUACUAUCUUAGUGCUCGCAAUCGAGCCGAGUACCUUAGAGAGCUAGAUGCUAAGAUCAGCCAUUGGAAAACUCGCUUCUUCUUUGUAAAACCUCCCAACGGCACCUUUAAAUUUAAUGCGGAAUGGGUCACGAAGUAUGAACCAAAACCGCGACCUAAAAAGGUAGCCCGACUUAGUGAGCUCGUCGCUAAAUGGAACAAAACUCCGUACCACAUCGACAAACUCACCAACCCUGAAAACUUGCGUUCUCUUUACAACCUCACACACAAGAAGGUUGCCCCUUUUGAUAUAGAUAAAUUCUUAAUCGGCGCUAUCUCUCUGAAGCCUGAUGAACCCAAGAAGAAAAGAGCUCGCGCACAUCAGGUCUCCACCAGCGCGGGCCGUCGCCCGUCAUCUCCCGCUCACGGCACGGGCGGCGAUCUGUUGAAGAAGAUCAUCCCAAACCUCCACAAGCGAAAAGCUCUGAUUGGGAUAGAAGACUCUUCUUCAAAGCCAGAACAAAACUAUACCACCAUCCAGCAGCCGGCCACCUUUGCUAUGAACAACGACCCGUCCGCUCAAUCAUCAUACUUGCUCUCCAUCUUCCCGGGCAAGGAAGCCGACCGUUGGCAUGGGGAUAACCAAUCACAAGCCAAGUAUUGCAUGAAACAUUUAGUUGCCCUGAACUCAGGUCUGGCUGGCCUCCUUCAUGGGGCCAUUGGAGGUGAGAUCCCCUCGUCUGCUGAAUUCCAAAAGCUCAAGGACGCUCAUGAUGCCGCGAUAUCUAAGACCGAGGUCCUUGAGGCCGAGCUCCAAGCCCAGAAAACCGACAACAUGCGUCAGGCAGAAAAGAUAAAGUCAUUGAAGCGCGACCGAAAUUCUGAAACGGCCCGUUAUCAGAAGGAGAUCGACGCUCUUCAUACCCAGCUCGACGCCAUCAAAUUGGAAAAGGCCAAUAGAGAGGCACCUGCCCAACUGGAGACUCGUAGCGCAACCUCACCAAAACGUUCUUAUUAUGCACAAGAUAAGAAACGCCUCAAAAACAACUCAUAG